AUGAGCGCCAACGGAAAGAGUCGUCGACAACCGUCCAGCUGCAUCAAUUGCAGACGCCGAAAGAUCAAGUGUGAGAAAUCACCGUCAAGGGACUGCGAAAGAUGCCAUCGCCUGGGACUGAGCUGCGCCGCGACCGACGAGGUUGUCGCCCGGCCUUACUAUCACACGUCCAAGGCGCAGUUCGAGCUCAUGGCAUCGACAGUGCGCCAUUUUUCGCCUGACAUUCCUCCGAGUGUGCCAGCCCUCCCGGAGAUGAGUCGCCCGCACCAUCAGUCUCUCGGCACAACACCGUCGAAAGCACAUGGGUUUGACGGCGCUUCAAGUCAUGCCGUUGUGCAAUCCAAGAUCAGCUCAUGCAUAGGGGACAGAUCUCCCAAAUUGGCAAUGCUGCAAGACCAAAGGGUUGAUCUGCUUGACGGUCGGCCUCUAGCCGGACUUCCGGCGAUUGGGCUCCCGGAUAGAAAGACCUGCGAGCAGUGUGGCCUGGCCUUCCUGAGGUCAGUCAACAGCGUCAUCUACUUCUUCAUCCCCGAGACGUUUUUCAAUUCGCUCGAGAUGAUAUACAGCGGGGGCAACACGCCGCUGUCCGUCCAAGUCAUCAUUCACCUCAUCGUGGCCCUAGUAGUGAAUUGCUCAACCGAGAGUUUUGAGUAUGCACGAAUGCAUAUGGAAAGCGUCAUCGAGGAGGGCAGCCUUGCAAGCGUUCAGACCAUCAUGCUCAUGGCUUUGUACAGGCAGAGGCACAACCAACGUCAUACCGGCUGGAUAACGCUGGGAAGCGCGACUCGAAUCCCUCAGUCGCUAGGCCUGUUCCUCAGGGUAGAAGAUGAAAGCCCGAUGGUGGCUGAGCAGAGGACGAGGCUGUGGUGGUCGUUAUACGAGUUGGAUCAGUGGAGCUCAUGCAUCCUGGGCAAGUAUUCGGACGCCACUUUCUACGCAGAGAGCGUUUUGCCACCCUCUGACACUAUCACCGCUGGCAUCACGAGUCCGCCUAUGUACGCAGCUGCUUCAGCACAGCUGGCAAAGUUCCUCUCCCGAGCCAUGAGGAGCAUCUUCCUGAAGCAGCAAUGCAGACAGCAGGAUGUAGAGAUGCUCGUCCACGACCUGAAGGCUUGGUGGACCACCCUGCCGGAUCACCUGACCAAAGAAACAAUCCCGGCAUCCUUUGCACGGGCGGUCCUCUAUCUCCGUCUCAGAUACCACUACAUUCUGGUCCUGAUCACGCGACUCUUCCUGGUCGACGCCGUCGUCGCCAAGGGGCGCCCAGCCAGGAUUGAAAUUACGACUCAGCACGUGGUAGCAUGCGAGAACCACAACGACGGGUCCAUGUCCACGCUUCUUGACAUGCAUUCGAGGGACCUGCUGAGCGACUUGUUCUGGUUCGACGCUCAACACAUUCUCUCGACGUCUUUGAUUCUUUUUCUGCGGGUCAUAGAUAACCCCUCUUCUGCCGAGUUGCGCAAAAGGGUGACAAGUAUGCAACAACUUCUGCAUCUGAUUCCAGGCAAGAUCCAAGCGCACGCAAAUGACUGCUUUCCCCGAAUUCUCGAAGAUAUUGACGCCCGCAGCGGCGAUGACCAGAUUACCGAGAUCACCUUUGAUUCUGUUGUGGCUGACCUGGAAUUGUUGGAUGAGUCUGAUUUGUUUCAAUUCACGACGUAG